AUGAUAUUAGAAAAAGAAUAUGCAUUAAUGCCAUAUGUUACUCGUCAAAGAAGGUGGGAAAUUUCCAAUAAAUUACAAUUAAGUGAAAGACAAGUAAAAGUAUGGUUUCAAAAUCGUAGAAUGAAAACAAAAAAAUCGAAAACUCUAUCAUAUUCCAACGAUGAAAAAACUUUACAACAAAAUGAUGAUAAUAGUAAAAUUAAUUUUAGUGAACUACAAUAUUCAACAUUAUUUGAUAAACAAAAAUUUAUCAAAACAACUAAUCAAUGGAAUGAUAAUAUUUCUACAAAUUCUGUUACAUCAUGUAUCCUUGAUUAUGAUUCUUUUGUUAAUAUGACUUAAAAAUAUAAUUGAAUUUAACAACAACAACGACAACAAAAUCACCUUCAAAAUUAUUAUUGUUCCUGAUGGUGAUUAUGAUAAACACACCAAGAUCAUCAUGUUGAUCAAUGUUGAAAUCAGUGACUAUUAACAAACUAAAAAAAAUAGUUCAAUAAACCACUGAACAUUUAAGUCAAAAAAUUAUUCAACUUUAAAACUUCAAUUUAUUUUUUUACAUUCUUGUAACUACGUAAUAAAUAACAAAAUACUUUAGUCUCUUGAUACAAUACAACAAUGAAAACACGAAUAGAUUAUAAAAUUGUACACCAUUGUUCAUUAUUUGUAAUGAUAAUAGUAGUUUAAAAGAAAACAUAACAAGAAUGAAAAUUUUCCAUGGAAAUUCAAAGUGGUAUCAUUAAAGUGAAGUCACUAUGUCUGUUCAGCUAUUGGAGUUCAAAUUACUCGUCUAUUGUAAUGUAAAAGAAAAUAUCUGAGAUCCAUAGCAAUUCAUUACUGACCAAAUAUUUCAGAUGAUGAAUUCUCUAAAUAUAUAAUAACAAUAAUAAUAUUAUUAUUAUGAACCACUUGAUAGUAUUGCUUGUGUACUAAACAGUUCUCAAUUUCUAAGUGAGAAACAAUAUUGCUUUAUACUUAUUUUUUUGAAUAAUAAAUAUGAUGUAAACAUAUUGAAUAAUAAUGACAAUUAUCGUAAUGUAUAAUUUGAAUAAAUUAGUGAUUUG